ACAGCUCCAAUUCAUAUUCUUCUCCUAAUCGUCUCGUCUCGAAAGAGUGAAAUUUUUUCAGAGAUGGCUUCGUCUGCUUUAAUUAGCGAUACUGAGUCCUGGAAUGAUUUGCGAGCUCAUGUUGAAGAAAUUAACAAAACUCAUUUGCGUGAUUUGAUGAAUAACAAUAAUCGAUGCCAAUCAAUGAUGGUGGAGUUUGAUGGGAUUCUGAUCGAUUACUCGAGACAAAGAGCCACCCUUGAUACAUUGAAUAAGCUCUUCAGUUUAGCUGAGGCAGCACGCGUUAAGGAGAAGAUCAUUCGGAUGUUCAAUGGAGAGCAUAUAAAUAGCACAGAAAACAGAUCCGUUCUUCAUGUUGCACUGCGUGCUCCAAGGGAUGCAGUCAUAAAUAGUGACGGGAAGAAUGUUGUCCCUGAGGUUUGGCACGUACUUGAUAAGAUUCGAGACUUCUCUGAGAGGGUUCGCAGUGGUGCCUGGGUUGGAGCCACAGGAAAAACACUGAAAGAUGUUGUAGCUGUUGGUAUAGGUGGCAGUUUCUUAGGCCCUUUGUUCGUACACACAGCACUUCAAACAGAAGCAGAGGCUAGUGAGUGUGCAAGAGGGCGCCAGUUGCGAUUUCUCGCAAAUGUUGAUCCCAUUGAUGUAGCCCGAAAUAUAACAGGCUUGAAUCCUGAAACAACUCUAGUUGUGGUGGUCUCGAAGACUUUUACUACUGCCGAGACAAUGCUAAAUGCCCGUACAAUGAGGGAAUGGAUCUCCUCUGCAUUAGGACCCCUGGCAGUUGCAAAGCAUAUGGUUGCAGUUAGUACCAAUCUUAAGCUCGUAGAACAAUUUGGCAUCGAUCCAAAUAAUGCAUUCGCUUUCUGGGACUGGGUAGGAGGUCGAUAUAGUGUCUGCAGCGCAGUUGGAGUAUUGCCUCUUUCUCUGCAAUAUGGAUUUUCCAUUGUUGAGAAAUUUCUGAAGGGAGCUUCGAGUGUUGAUCAGCAUUUCCUCUCAGCACCAUUUGAGAAAAAUAUACCUGUGCUUUUAGGCUUGCUGAGUGUGUGGAAUGUUUCAUUCCUUGGAUAUCCAGCAAGAGCAAUAUUACCCUAUUCUCAAGCACUGGAGAAGUUGGCACCUCAUAUUCAACAGGUCAGUAUGGAGAGUAAUGGGAAAGGGGUGUCUAUUGAUGGUGUCCCUCUUCCUUACCAGACUGGUGAAAUUGACUUUGGUGAACCAGGGACGAAUGGCCAACACAGCUUUUACCAAUUAAUUCACCAGGGUCGUGUUAUUCCUUGUGAUUUUAUUGGUGUUGUUAAGAGUCAGCAACCUAUUUACCUGAAAGAUGAAGUGGUGAAUAACCAUGAUGAGCUCAUGUCGAACUUCUUUGCGCAGCCAGAUGCCCUUGCUUAUGGGAAGACACCAGAGCAGUUGCAAAAGGAGAAUAUUCCUGAGCAUCUUGUUUCUCAUAAGACAUUUUCUGGAAAUCGACCUUCUCUAAGUAUACUACUUCCAUCAUUGAAUGCUUACAACAUCGGACAGUUACUGGCCAUCUACGAGCACAGAGUUGCAGUCCAAGGGUUUGUAUGGUGUAUCAAUUCUUUUGAUCAGUGGGGUGUGGAGCUAGGAAAGUCUCUAGCGACUCAAGUUAGAAAGCAACUUCAUGCAUCUCGUAAGAAAGGAGAAUCAGUUGAAGGCUUCAAUUUCAGCACCAAAACGUUGAUAACAAGAUAUCUCGAGGCAAGUGCUGAUGUUCCUUCUGAUCCUUCAACUCUUCUACCAAACAUAUGAGGAAUGUUAAGAAUGGGGUUUGAUGACCACGGUUUAACGGAGGCCUCAACUUCACUACCAAGCAAAAUGAACAAAUUUUAAUCAAUCAGUUUUGAAGUUUACAUAAAAGUUUUGGUGUUGUAUGGCCACUCAUCUUGGCAAACAUAUCGCUGCAGUUGUAUCAAUAAAAUUCAAAGCAUUUAUUUGUGGUUUCA